GAAGGAGGGGGUGGAGGAGGAGGAGCACAGCUGUACCAGCAACAAGCAGGGACCAGGACGCACUUCUCUCCAGAUAUUCCGGGAGCUUCAGCUCAAUAGGCUCCUCGCCUACUUAACUACCACCCCCCGAAACUCUGGCUCUAACGUUAUUAUUAUUAUUAUAACUAUUAAUUUAUUGAUUAAAAAAAGCUAAACCAAAGGGGGGGGGUACUUGGAGAAACUGAAAACAACCACCACAGAAAAAGAAAAAAUAAAAAGCCCCAGAACGACUCAGGAUCUGUUCUGGGAGUCCUGAAACCAACAAGUGAGAAGCAGCAGUAGCCAAGGCAGCGGCGGCAGCAGCUAACAGCGACAGUAGCAGCUGGAGAAGAAGGAGAGAGAGCAGAAAAAGGAGGAAGCUGAACCCUCAGGAGCCCCCGCUGCCACCGCUGCUGCUGCCGCUGCUACCCCGGCACUCUUCGGCUUUGGGACAGGCAGGAGUCGGGAACCGGGGAAGAAGGGGGGCUGGUGGUUGUCAUUUCUUCCCUACCGGGUUGAGAGCGGCGGAGGCGCCCCGGGUUGUUCGCGCUUGACUGGGAGCAGCUGGUCCCCUGGGAAUUAUGCGGCGCGUGUGGAUACUGCUCACCUUUGGCUUGGUGGCCUGCGUGUCCGGGGAGUCGAGAGCAGAGCUGACUUCUGAUAAAGACAUGUACCUUGACAACAGCUCUAUUGAAGAAGCAUCGGGAGUUUAUCCUAUUGAUGAUGAUGAUUACGCAUCUGCGUCGGGCUCAGGAGCUGAGGAGGAAGGAGAAAGUCCACAGAUGCCAACAUCCCGAACAAUUCCAAAGAUACCAUUCACUAGUGAUGUUCCAAAAGUUGAGAUGACUACAGUGAAAAUUCAGACUAAGAUUCCUGCUCAGACAAAGUCCCCUGAAGAAAUCGACAAGGAGGAAGCUCGCAUCUCAGACUCUGGCACAAAGAUUGAGGCAGCUGAUGAGGAUACGAAUGUGUAUACAGAGAAGCACUCAGACAAUCUAUUUAAGAGGACAGAGGUCCUUGCGGCUGUCAUUGCUGGUGGAGUUAUUGGCUUUCUCUUUGCAAUUUUCCUGAUCUUGCUGUUGGUAUAUCGCAUGAGAAAGAAGGAUGAAGGCAGCUAUGACCUUGGAGAACGGAAACCAUCCAGUGCUGCUUAUCAAAAGGCACCUACUAAGGAGUUUUAUGCGUGAAACUCCCAUUUAGUGUCUCUAUUUAUGAGAUCACUGAACUUUUUAAAAUAAAAGCUUUUGCAUAGAAUAAUGAAGAUCUUUGGUUUUUUUUUUUUCAUUAAAGAGCCAUUCUGGCACCUUUAUGAUAAAGUCCCAUUGUAUUUAAAACUUUUCAUGUAUUCCUUUAGAACAACGUAAAAUUAAAACUUAACAUCUGCAGUGUUCUGUGAAUAGCAGUGGCAAAAUAUUAUUUUAUAAAAAGGAAAAACCUCGAUGUUCACGGAAUCAUUUUAAACCUUUAUGCGUAAAUAUGAAAACAAUGAUAUGAUUGUUUUAUCCUAUGGUUCGAUGAUGAAAGUUGUUUAAUUUUUGUCAGCAUGUCUCAGAUCAGUCUUACAAGUUAGUCUUAUUUCAUUAAUUUAUCUGUUUUUCUCCCCUGCUCCUUUUCCUCCCUCCCUCCCUACCCCAUCACCCUCUCCUGUCCCCACCCAAUAUUCCUUUUGUAGCAGUCAUGGUGCAAUUUGUCUUUGGAUAAUUCAGAUAAAGGUAAUUUAGUGUAAAUGUGAUUUUUCAGAGAUGACAACUUCACCUCCACUUUGUAUAAAUUUCUGAGUGUUGGAAUAUCCAUUUUACACUUGCUUUGUUUCUCAGUGUACCUGUAGCUGCAGACAGAUUUGCAACAGCAGAUUAACGUGUAAAAUUGGGUUGUUAUCACAAAACUGUAUAGUCAUAGCUUUACUAAUCAGAUCUUCCAUCAGGAGGAGCUGGUGUAAGUUACUGACAAACCUAAGCAGACCCAAAGACUCUUAACAGUAUUCUGAGAAGUUGCUGCAGAUUCCUAUGGUCACUGUAUUUGUUAAUUUCUUGCAAUUUGAAGGUACGAGUAGGGGUUCAAAGAAAAAAAUCAGUUUUUGUUCUUUAAAAACAUGCAUUUAAGUUGUAAACGUCUUUUUAAGCCUUUGAAGUGCCUAUGAUUCUAUGUAACUUGUCGCAGACUGGUGUUAAUGAGUAUAUAUAACAGUAAAAAAAAAAAGAAGUUGGUAUUUUAUAAGCACAGACAAUUCUAAUGGUAACUUUUGUAGUCUUAUGGAUAGACAUAAAUUGUAAUUUGGGAACAUAAACACUACUGAAUAAAUCAUGUGGCCUAAUAUGGAAAA